AGGGCUUUUAAGAGAUGGGGCGACUGGUCUCUACUCCAAGUAAACCCGGAAGCAGGAGGGGCCGAAGCACCCACUGGGGAUGCGAAGGGUUAAGGACGCCGCCGCACACCUCCGAAGGUAGGAACUGAGGGACUCCCUGCAGCCCAGAGAAGCCGCUCAGUCGGGCCAAACCAUCGCCCUCGCUUCCUCUGGAGCCGACUCCCCCUCCUGUGGUCCCGAACGUCGACUUCCCUCUAGGACGCCUCACGCCUGGGCGCCUUUUUGAUGACGUAAUAAGCACGAGACUCCGUUAGGGUAUCGGCGCGGGGGGGGGGCGGAGCGGACAAACUCGGCCACCCCAAGUCUAUUCGUUUUAAAGGACCCUCGUUUCCGGGUCCCCUUUGAACGCCGCCCUAUGCGAGGAAGCCGCUCCUUUCUCGCAACUCUAUGGCCGCUCCUCUUUGCAAAGCUCUAUUGCGGGAGGUCUAUUGGCAGGGCUCUCUAUGGUAAACUUCUCGGUUUGGGACGGGCGUUGGAGGGACGCGCAAUGGACGCGCGUUUCCGGUGACGUCACCUAACGCGCCGGAAGUGGCUUAGGGAGAAGCUCCGUGUUGUGGCGGUGUUGACUGGCGGCGGGUGAGUUGGUUGGUACGGUACAAGGGAUUAUAGAGGGUGGGUGGGGGGUAGGCGGGAGAGAAAAAAAAGGAGCCCCCCCUCCCAAUUUCCCAUGGCCGCCCUCCUCUUUUGGGAGGCGCACGCGCAGAACGGCAUUGCCCGGCGCUUGGGGAUCCCUCGGAGCUCACUCCUACUCCUGGAUGAUGCCUUCGGUUUUCGCCCGGUCCGUUGGCCCGGCGGGGCUAAGGGCGCCUCAGGAGACAAGGGCCAGUUCGGCUGAGGUUAUAGCCUUGAGCCAGUCGGUGCAGCCCUGUGCACGUGUCCUCGGAAGGAAGCCCCGCUGAGGGGAAUGGGAUUUCCUCUUGCGGCAACGUGGCACUUCGGGAGCCGCCUUUGGGCGAGGGGAUUCACGCGUCCCUCACUCAGACGUGGUGUCAGGGGCGCAGUACUACACGUCUACUAGCAGCACGUCUUUGAAAAACACGCCGGCUGCACGUUGAGUUCCUUUGCUGCUGAUUCCGUUCCUGGGUCUCUUUAACAGGAACCCGCUGCCUAGAAAUUUCGAUGAGACGUCGAAGGGUUGAGAAAUGUUCCACCCGGUGAACUUCUGUUGCAGUCGCGUCUGUGCAGAGUUGCAAUAAUAGUAAUGAUUUUUUUUUUAAUUUAUAAGCCGCCCAUCUGGCUGGGUUUCCCCAGCCACUCUGGGCAGCUUCCAGCAAAAAUACAUGAAACGUGCCUUGCAUACGACAACAGAAGUGGAAGAGGGGAGAGCUGCGUUACUCUUAACAGAGCCCAAGUUGCUUCCAAUUGCCACCCUCCUCCUUUUCUGCCUUGCUGCAAACUGAACACGCUUGUUGUAAAUUAAACACAAUUUCUUGUUUGGGUUGGAUAAUAAAUGUGGACCAUCCACAAGCCCUUGCCCCAUCUAACUAAGGGAAUCCACACACAGAUCAGGAACCAGAGGUAAAAUAGAUGAACAUGCAUGCAUUAACUUCUCAUGAUACUCUGCUUCAUGGAGCCAGCAUACUGGCUUCCAGCCUUUGGCUUCCGCUUUGUGUGUGUGAGACACACAUACCUACAUACCUCAGCCUCCUCGCCCUUUUUCCUGCAUACCUCAGCCUCCUCGCCCUUGUACGAGCCUAUUGGAGCUUUUCUCGACACAACCAUCUCAUUUUUAUAUGUGUCAUGUUACUAUUAGGGGAGUAAUACUACUGACCAAAGGGCUCUGCUCCUCAGAUGUCUUCUUUUCCUGCAUGGGGUAAUCAGUGUUAUUGUCCACCCACCCCCAUCAGCAGCUCCUCAAAUUCCUGGAAACUGACUCCAAGAGAUAGAUGACCGUACAGAAUUACUUUUGAGGAAUUCUGGAAAUGAAAUUGUUUUUUGGCUUGUACAGAUUUUAGAACCAAAUCUUGGUUCUAAAUUGUAUAUAUGUGCUGGUAUAUGAGCUGAAGCAGGCACCAUAUUAGAAAAGGUAUCCCUACUGGUACUGGAGGGUUCUGUCUCCUGACUGUCAGUAGUAGAUUUUCAGAAGUACUGGAGAAGGUAAGGGAGAGUGGAAGAGGUAGUAGUAGAUUUUCAGAAGUACUGGAGAAGGUAAGGGAGAGUGCACAACUGUCUUCAUGUUCAUAGUUCUUUGGCCCCAACUUAAUGUUAUUUUGCUUUUAACUGAGAUAAAUUCAUUCCCCCUUUACAUUUGUUUUUAAAAUACACAGGAACGAAUUUAUUGGGAUUUAAAACAUUGUUGAAGAAAGAACAAAAGUAAGUGAUUUCAAAUGCUAUGUCUGUUGAACUAAAAUUAGUUCUGAUAACAAAGCUCUUUAUUUUACACAGUGGGCAAAAAGUUUUUUGUUUUUUUUAAAUAAAAGCUAUAAUUGUGGUGCGUUUCAGAUUUUUUAAAGUUCUGCUAAUGUUAAGUGAAGAGUUGGGGACCAUCCUGGACAGAUUCUGGGGGUGCAGGGGAGAAGAGGAAGGGGAAGUUCUGUUAUGUCAAUGGAAAUCCAUUCUACUCGCAUACAGAUAGCAUUGGAUUCAACCCACGGCCUCUUAAAAAUGUGUUAAGUAAAAUUAAAUCAUACCCAAACAUAAACAUGUGUGCUUUCAUCUGUUAACUGAAUUGAUGUAUUAGCCAUCAAAAAAUGAGUUAAAUACUGCUCUUCUGUGUAAAAUAUGUAACAACCUUAGUAAAUAUAAUGACACAAUAGGUCACUUAGAAUUUUCAAGCGAAUGUAAUAUCUAUUUACCCAAUCAAUCAUCUUGCAUGUCAGAUGUAUGUAGUAUUUGGUCAGAUGUGCUUUAAUUAUUACAUAAAUUAUUAUGCGCACCAGGUCAAAAAGUUUAUGUGGCUGGAUUCAAACGAAGGUGAAUCCAUGGAAGGAAGAAGUCCUUCUGUGAAUUCAAGGGCCUAUGAUCCAGUUGGGGCAUCUACUCACAGAAAGGAGGUAAAUUUAACCAGUUCUGCCUCUCUUGUGAACCAGCCACAUGUUUCAGAAGACCCCAAGCCCUUGGGAGAAAGCCUUUGGUUUAAAAGAUAAGUGAGUGAAAACUGACUUCCUCUCGCCUUUCUUUAGCAGGGAUUGAGAACUCUUCUCACAGGUGCUUUGAAUAAAACCUAUGUACAGUGGUGCCCCGCAAGACGAAUGCCUCGCAAGACGGAAAAACCGCUAGACGAAAGGGUUUUCCGUUUUGAAGUUGCUUCGCAGGACGAAUUCCCCUAUGGGCUUGCUUCGCAAGACGAAAAUACCUUGCGAGUCCUGAGAUUUUUUUCGCUUCCCCCUUUAUCUAAUCUGCUAAGCCUUUAAUAGCCUUUAAUAGCCUUUUAGCAGCUAAUCCCCUAAGCCUUUAAGCCUUUAAUAGCCGCUAAACAGCUGAUAGCGCUAAUAGCGCUAAUCCGUCAAUGGGCUUGCUUCGCAAGACGAAAAAACCGCUAGACGAAGACUCUUGCGGAACGGAUUAAUUUCGUCUUGCGAGGCACCACUGUAAUUACAGGGCAAUGUCCCACUUGCAUGGGGGUUCUGUUCUAGGCGUGCAUCACUGGGACAUUGCAAACUAGGAUUCCCCUGUUCUGCUCUCCCUGUUCCCUUUUGACAUGUGUGUCAGCGGAAACAUGCACAAGUGGGGAAUUGCCUGUAUGAUGUUCUGAAAUUAUUUAAAUCACCUAUGUGUGCUGAAAUAGAAGAGCAGUGAACACAAUUGGAAAUGUAAUAUUAGAAUUUCACUGUAGGCAUUGAAAUUAAGAUGAGAUAAGCCAUAAUAAUGAACAAACCUAAAUAAUUGUUUGGCUUUUUCAUGCCGUCUUCUCUCUUUUCCCAUAUGGUAGUGCCAACCUGGACAAUACAGCUAGAUUUGGACUAGCCACAAGGCUGCAAGUUCAGUCAGUGAGCUUUGAUUCAGUGUUUUACUACAAGAAUGCAUACAACAGGUACAACAGUAGUUCUACAGGACAGCUUAAGAGUGGGUUUAAAGCCUACUGACAGCUUAUCAAAAGGUAAAGGUAAAUUUAGUAAAAGCCUUGUGUAGUGUAUAAUAACACUUUUAAAACAGGUGAAGUUAUUUGACCCUUGGAGUUUAUCUCCCCUAGACUGAAUAGCAGGUAAUAAUUUAAAUACGGAGGUUGUGGCGUGUCAACUUUUCUAGUUACAUUUGGUGAGCCCAAUUUAAUUUAGCUAUCUAUAAAUUAAAACCGGCCCACUUGUUCCAUGAGAGCAUACUGAUUAGUCACAUUGCAGGAAAAUGCGGAUAUGCCCCAAGGAUUAUUAUCAGUUCUCCAAGGCACAGAUAAUUGCUUGCCCUCAUCUUUCACACCUUUGACAAAUCCUAGUUUGCAUUUAUGUCAUAAAUGAGAAAAUUAUGGCUUGUGCAAAUAGCAGACCAUGCUUUAGUAUUAUAGUAUGUGAGCAGGCUUUAGUUUUACAAGCUCCCUCUUUGCCUCAUGACACUUUUAGUGGAGUUCAACAAGUCUUAAGCUUGUGUCCUUGCCACUGCUGCACCAAGGAGGAAACAAACCAAAGUCUAGCUUCUUAGGGGAAGUAACCCCCAAGCCAGAAUCUGGCUUGUUUUCAUCUUUAGCAGCAGCAGGAGAGGAGCUGUGUGAGAACUUUUGAGGAGCAUACACUAGCACUCUGCUCAUUCACAUUAAAUCAUAGUUUGUUUUAAGCUAUAAUUUAAUGUGCUAUGCAAACCAGGCCAAAGCUUUGAGUUAAUUAUGUGUAAAAUGAAAAAUUGGCAUAUUUCAAAUAUAUAAAUUGUCUUAAAAUUCUGCACCACCAAAUCAUGUAAAAAAAGAAUCCUUGAGGUAUACUGUUGAAUAUUUACAGGGAAAUGAUUAAAAAAAAUGCUAAUGGCAUUGGGAAAGUUUUAUUGAAAUCAGUUGACGCUUCCAGAUAAAUAAGUGUCAACUUGGUGUAUUAGAAUCUUGGGUUUUCCCAGUAUAUGACAAUGUAUCUCAUGAAAAGUAGAAGACGUAUUCAGGUACUUGUACCAUCACCCAAGUUUUGACUUUAGGUAAUAAAAUCUUUAUCUUUAGUGGCAUACAGAAGAGAUGAUGUGUGGUCUGAUGAACGAUAUGAUUAUGAUAGACUUCCGCGAGAGCGGCUUCCUCCACGUCCUGAUGUAAGUAUAGUGCCAUUAAUCUGCAUUACGUAUUUCCUGCUCAUAGUUCUUUGUCUUUAUCAAUUCCUUUUCCCAAAUCUUUUAUCUUGGACUAUGCACUGAGGAUUUCUAUUAAAGACACCGAACAUGUAACCAGGGGAUGUGAGUCAAACUCAAGCAGGGUUAUAUAGAAUGAUGUUAUGAAAAUUGGAAUAGGAAUCUUGAUGGCAGUUCAGUGUAAAUUUUUCCCAGAUAUUUGGAAAUUCAGUAGUCAUGGGUUAAUUUAAUGCAGGAGCCCCCUUUUAGGGCUCAGGGACACAUUUGGAAAUCUUAGAAACUGUCGCGAGCACCACAAAAUAUUUAUUUAAACUUUUAAUUCUCACAACUUGCCAUCAAAAACAGGAGGCAGCCAAUCCCCCACCAUAGAAAGAAAGAAAGGCGCGAAAGGAGGUGACUGAGGGUACCACAUGGGGACGCUAGGUUUUAGGUAAAAUGUCCUUUAUUGGGCUGUAUUGGAUCACUGGGGAAUACUUUACCUUCUCUACCUCAGUCUACCUUUUGGUGGAUGUUAAGAGUAGGCACCAAUGAAUUGUUUUGGGGGCAAAGUGCUAAAAAUUUGGCUAGAUUUUGUUAAAUUACAAAGAUCAGAGUUUUUGUUAAAUUCAUUCCCAAAUACCCGUGUUGGGCAUUGUGAGACUUUCAAAUGGUAGUGAAGCUGCCACCUAAUAAUGCGUUCUUUGCGCAUAGGUUCUCCCGCUAUUUGCUGGUCUGUGAAUCUUUCUUCACACCCCACCUUUUUAAUGAUACGUUUGUAACCUGGAAGACAGGAUGUGAACUGAGAAGUUUACAAUUGAGACAGUAAAAGGCAACAUUGUAAAGUUUAUAUAUAUAUAUAUAUGUAUGUGUGUGAGUGUGUGUGUGUAUGGGAGAGAGAGAGAGAAUUAUUGGGAGUUGUAAAAACUUAAACAUAAAGCAAUUUUUAUUUAACAAAAUUUAUAUACCACUUGAAAUCCUGUAAGCAGUUUACAAAAUCAAUAUUACCGUUCUCUUUGAAAACAUGGUUUGCCAUAUUGGAUUGAAGAAUUCAGAGAGUAGAUAUUGGCUCUUCAAAAAGCCAAUUAAAAUCACAUUUGCAUCCCAGUCCUCGGCAAGUCCAUUCAGAAAUAAAUCCCACUGAUUUCCAUGAAAUGACUCAUGAGUAUUUUUGCUCCCCAGGCACAAAUCCUUUGCAGAAGCAGAGGUCUUUUACCAGUCCUGUCCUGAGGACAAAUACAGCCUAGCAUAGCUGCAAAACUCAUAUUGGAUCAAUAGAGUUCUGAAAUAGUUCAGUACUACGCAGUCCAUUUCUGAGUUGGUUUUCUCUGGUGCCUUAAAUGUAAAAUGGCUAUGUAACGCAAGGGAGCAAAUCAUAGAAUAUCUUAGAUGCAAAGGUUGGGUAAGAAUACAAGUCUGAUUAAAAAAACACCUGUGUGAUGGUUUAGGAACCUUGCCAGUUUUAUAUGGCAGACUUGAACAUUUGGAUGGUUCAAAGACUCCUGCCUUUAGACCUCACUUGCCUCCCCAGUUACAUCUUUAUCUGUGUAGAAAAAAAGUAAUGUCAGAAUUGGCCUUUAUAGGGAGAGAAAUUGGAGCAGCAAUGGAAACUUAGAAUAUUUCCAUGUUUUGCCCCUAGUCAAGAUACAGUUUUGACAUACUAUAUCUUAGACUUGAAUAAAAUGUCAAAACUGUUCAGUAUGAAUUUCUUCUAUGAAGAAAUUAAAAUUAAAUUAAAAAGGGCAUUGUUAAGCAAAUCCCAGCCCAUUUCCAAUGACAAUUCAAAGUGGUGGUUCUUCCUUUUUAAUGCCCUACAUGGCUUUUCUAGCUGAACAAAGGAGUGUCUGUUCUGACAUCUGUCCAUGCCAUGAGGUCAUCUAUAGAUGUCCGUGUUUAAGAACAUUUGACCUCUGAUGUAAGAUCUCCUGGUUGUGGCACCCUGCCUUUGUAAUUCCAUCUACAGGAAGGUUUGCCUGGGUGCUUACAUUAUCAUUUCAGUUCCCCAUGCCUCUCAAAUCAUUUAGUUAUUUACAUGUUGCUUCAAUUUCCUGUUUUAUCAUUGUUUAUAUGUUAUAAUUCCCAGAAUUGCAAUUCCCAGAAUUCCCAUUUUGAGAACUGUUGUUGAAAACGUGGUAUAGAAAUAUCCUAAAUAUACGAAUUCCUUUAAGCCUUAGUGAUAACAAAUGGGAUUUUUAAAAAAGAAAACUUUCUAAUUUUUUUCAUUUGCAGUGUUUGACGAAAGUAUUUGACAGCGUAGAACACCAGGUAUUAGUAACUAGGUUGUCAUUCUUUUUAAGUUUUUAAGCUGGCUUUUGGUAAAUCUUGAUGGUUUUACUUUUGUGCACCUUUUUUCUGGCUUUCACAUAUGGCACUGUUUGUCAUUUCCAAGAUAAACUGGUAACUACCAUUUGAGCACUCUUCUUUGUCAGGUGCGUUACUCUGGGAGAACUGGGCACUAAGGUUCCUCUGUAACUGUCCAAUAUAUCUGCAUGUUGUGACACUUGGCCAGGGGUGAGCAGUGUAGAAAGGCCCAUACCUGGAAGAGCGGCUUCUGGCUUCAGUCUCUCCCUCCUUCUUAUACAUAGGGGAGGGUAUAGUGAGACUAAUUCCUGAGAGCCCCCAAGGGCAGAGAAGCUGCCCCAUCAGCAGUAGCUGGAGUGGGAAUUUUGUGGAGACUAUAUAAUUGCAACGCAUUAGGGGAAAAGAAAUCAAAGGAAGUAAAGGUCAAAAUACAAACUCACUGAAUUUUCUUCUGGUUUGUGAUGCUUCUUAAUUCCUUUUACAGGAGUCAGAGUGCUCUUCCCAUUUUCAACGGGCUGGAGAUUGGAUGAGAUUGAACGACAUAUAUCUAGUCAGUCAGGUUUUUUUUUUUGUUUUAAUAGCUAAGCAGCAGUAGGAUGUAAAAAUUGGUAGAACUGCUCUUUGACUAACAGUUACUCAUUCUAUGAUGACAGUAAUAGUUUACAGAAGCAUUUUUUAGCUAAGGAUCAGUGCAUUUCAAUAAUUAUUAAGUGAUUUUGAGGGAUCUGCUUUUGGUCCUUUAAAUGGUUUUAUGUUUCCAAUACAGUGUUACCUUGGUUCUGGAACUUAAUCCAUUCCAGGAGUCCAUUCAACUCCUGAAGCUGUUCGAAAACCAAGGCACGGCUUCCAGUUGGCCGCAGGAGGUUCCUGCACUCAAGCGGAAGCUGUGUCGGACAUUCGGCUUCCUAAAAACAUUCGCAAACCGGAACACUUCAGGAGCCGAUUUGUUCUGCAACUAAGCCGUUCUGGAACCAAGGUUCCACUGUACAAGAAAUGCACAUAAUUAUCGCUAAGUUCAACCUUAUGUAUUCCUGAAUAUUUUCCGUACACAGAAUAGUGGAUGGGUAUCCAUCUUUGCUAUCAAUAUAAAAAUUUGAUGUCAUGUGUUUUCUAAUUUCUAUUCUCCAGUUUCCUUUAAGGCGGAAGUUAUAUUAGUUUUGAAAAGCUUAGAAAAAUCAUUCACAUUAAAAAUGUAAAAUGUGUAUUACCAAAGGAUUGGGUCCAGAUUUCCUCCUCUGAAAAAUGUAAGAGCUCUUCAGUUUGCAGAGGGAAUUGGAAUCAAGCAGAUGCUCACCUCUGAAUGAAAGAUGGGGAGAGCCUUUUCAUGUAUUAGCCUACUUUGCACAGUGUUCAAGAGACCAGGUUUUCAGGACUUUGCAGAGGGGAAAAUAAAUUUGUGAUAGUUUUCUCUCUGCCUGCUUCCUCUACUGCAAGCAUAAUCUCGCUGAGCACAGUUCUGGAUCCAACCCAAUAUAUUUUAUUAGUUUGCUGGCCGAAUUUUGCACUUCUUUUAGACAAACAAUUCCAAAGGAUGACGUGCCUUCCAUCAGCUUCAGCUGGUGAGCCAUCUGCACCCCUAUCUGGACAGGAAUAACUUUAACUUCUGUGGUCUGUGCUCUUGUAACCUUUAGAUUAGAUUACUGCAAUGUGUUAUAUAUAGGGCUGCCUCUUAAGACUGUUCUGAAACUUCAGCUGGUGCAGAAUUUGGUGACCAGGCUGCUAAUUGGGGCAAGUCAGUUGGAACAUAUUAUAUUGAACCUAGCUCCACUGCACUGGCUGCCAGUCGGUUUCCGGGCCCAAUUCAAAGUGCUGGUUUUGACUUAUAAAACCUUUAGUGUAUCAGGACCGCAAUACUUCAAGGACUGCCUCUCCCUAUAUGAACCAACUCAAACCUUGCAAUCAUCAUCUGAAGUCCUUCUUUGUGUGCUUCCCCCAUGCAACGUCUGGAGGGUGGCAACACAAGAACGAGCCUUUCCUGUGGUGGCUCCCUGUUUGUGGAAUCCUCUCCCCAGGGAGACUCGCCUGGUGCCUUCAUUACAUAUCUUUAGGCACCAAACGAAAACAUUUCUGUAUAACCAGGCCUUUGGCUGAUUAACAUUCUGUGGUCUUUUAAAUGUAUUUGUGGUGGUAAUUGAUUUGAUUUGAUUUUGUUUUAUUAUCUAUUUUGUUUUUCUCAUUUAUCUUUGGAGGAAGGGCAGUAAACUAAACAAACAAACAAACAGAACAAGUAUAUAGUAACUUUGAAUUAUUGAAAAGGAAGUGUGUAAUUUUAGAUCUCAGGGUGUGAGUUCCUGUAUCAUGUGAGCAGCGAGGUUCUCCUAAAUCUGCCCACAACGUCCCCCGUGCCCUCAGAAUCCGCUCUGCUCUGGAGAGUCUUUCACCCCUCCAGAGUAGAUUUUGGAUGGUAUUGGGAAGGCAGAAGGGUGAAGAGGUGACACUGGAAGUCUUAUUGUCCCAGUGGAUUUCCGUUGUGCAAGCAGAUAGAUAUAAUUAGACAUUGCCCUAAAUAUGGGAAGGCAACUGUAAAUUAAGUAGUGGUAAAAUGUUAAUAGAAUUGUGGAAGAAACUGGGCUAUUUUGGCAUAAUUACUCUUUAUCCUGAUCAGGUAUGUGUGUUUGUGUGUGAGUGCGAGAGGAGAAGGAGAAAAAGUGGAAAUCCCUGUGAGUUGCCUUGGGUGGGCUCUCACUCCCCUGAAGUGGCUUAGAAAUAAAACACCAUUUCACCUUUUUAGGAAGACUAUGCUCGAGAAGUCAACUUUGCAAACAAGAAACCACCACUUCCAGAGAGACCUGGGGAAGGAAGCUACAGUAGAUAUGAAUAUAGUCACGCUCCUGUUGGCUAUAGAGAUUACGGAGACGGCCGCGGUUUUGCCCACGAACGAAGAAGUGGACCACCACACAGAAUGGUAAGUUAAAUUUUUGCCCCUCGUGGCACACAGCUGGAAAUUGCAUGCUCCUGAUGGGUUUUUUGGGCUUCUAUCUUAAAUUAACCAGCUCAAAGAAAUGAUACCUGAAUUUGCACCUCAACCACCAUGAAACUUGUUAUGUAAUCAUAAUAGGAAAGCAACCACAAUGCUUUGAUUCUAUUUCCUAAAAUGUAGCACACUAGGUUACCUUUAAAAUGGUGCAUCAAAUCUAGCCUCCUUGUUUGGAGGAUGGCUACUACUGUUGUAGAAGUAUUGUCUCGGUCUCAUCAGUCUAUCAUUCUGUGUGCCUAAUGAAACAAGCUCAUCAGCAACAUGCAAAUUAAGAUCUAAUCUCUGGAUUUAACAUUUGAUCAGUGCAUUCUGCUCCUUGCCCCUUUGAGGGAAAUAAUUUUGGUUUCAUAAUACUUAGUAACUUCAGUGACUGUGAAAGACCUAUAGUGUUUUAUAUAUUGUUGAGAAAGAUUCUCAGCAAAGAACUGCACCAAAUAUUUGUGAGAGGUGUGGUGAAAUUGAGAGCCCUACUACUAUGUGGAUUGUGUUUAAGGUAAGGUAGAAGACUGAUGAAGUUUUAAUUCUUCAAACCGUAUCUUUCAUUAUACUCAAUUUUGCAUUGUACAAUUUCACUUUUAUAGGAUGAUCCUGGAUAUAGAUGGCAAAGGGAUGACCACCCUGCUGGUCGUCAGCCUGAUUAUAGGUAACUGUGUUUUUAACAUAAAAUAAUUGUGUUUUAAUUGCAUACACUUCUGAAUUUUUUAGAAUUAUUUUGUUGAUAUUAAAAAUCAAAUUGUGCCUAGCAAUUUGAAUGCCAGGUCUACAAAUCUAUCUAUCUAUCUAUCUAUCUAUCUAUCUAUCUCAUUAGCACUUUAAAGUAAGGGUGGUAGUGUUCAUACUGUUCUGCAAUGACGCUAGAAGUUCCUGAAACGUCUUUACCGCGAAAUACCUUGAAUUCUACCCAUGUUUCUGUGUCUUUGAUAGUAUUUUUUUUAUUAUUUUGAUUGUUGGUGUGCCAGGCAUGAGUAGUGAGAGCUAUUUUUGAUAUUUGCUUCCCAGCCACAGAGCUUUCCGGGACCUAAAUCCAAUGUUUGUUUGGAUAGGAUGGGAACUUUUAAUCUGAUGGGGCAAAUAACUAUAUUGCUCCUGUUGCUACUGUACUUGAUUGCACUCAGCAUAGCGGAUGAUGGGGAGGAUCAGAUAAGAUUGAACACCGCCCCCCCCCCCCCCGUGUGGUGCAAUAUGGCCUGGAUGCCAUUGCAUGGUAAAAUACCUACCUACCAUGUCACCUAAUUCACCGGGCUCUAGGACCUAUGAAUGCAUAAGCUCUUAUGCUGCCUGGAACCUUGAUUCUGAAAGCUAUGCACACCAGCUAUGGCUGCAAGAGUUGGUAAAAGCAUUAAAAUGGGUUUUAGAAGUAUUUUCAAAGGGAGAGGAAGGAAACGGUAGUUCUUCCGCUCAGUAACGAUAUUAUUGGAAUGACAUUAUAUGAUUAUAUCCAUUCCUGGAAGCCACAGGAGUUCUUGCGGGUUUCCCACAGGCAUAUGGUUGGCCAUUCUUGAGAAAUGAAUGCUGGACUAGAUGGGCCAUUGGCCUGAUCCAGCAAGCUGCUCUUGUAUAAGGAUGAUGAAAUAUUAACAGGUAAAAGAGGAAGGGAGAUCUCCUAUAAGCUGGUGUGAACUGGUGAGAAAUCAGGAUUGUAGUUCAAGGUUGGUCAGGUAAUACCUACCUAUCUGCCUUAAUUGAGUUCAAGUUCUAGGAUUCCCAGUUGGUUAGAGCAUGGUGCUGAUAAUACCAGAGUUGCAGGUUCGAUCCCCAUAUGGGACCACUGCAUAUCCCUGCAUUGCAGGGGGUUAAGUUAGAUGCUCCCCAGGGUCCUUUCCAACUCUACAGUUCUAUUAUUCUAGUGGAAUGUGCAGAUGUACUUUUGGGACUGCUGUCUAUUCUCCUUGAGACAUCUUUGACAACGGGUAACUAACCAUUGACUUCCAAGUCCAAAGAUACUAUAAUAAAUUAUAAAUCAGUUCGUAAGCAUUUUGAUCCCAGUGUAGUGAUUAGUUGAUGGCAGCAUGAAUUUGUUAAGAAUAAAUCCUGCCAGGACAUCUUUAUUUUAUUGGGUUCCUACCUCAGUGGAUUAUUGGCGUGCUGUGGAUGUAGUUUAUCUGGAUUUCAGCAAAGCACUUGGCAGAGUUGCUCAUGGCCAUUGGGCAGGAAGUGCAGUUGAACAACCGUGAGAGGGCCACAGCUUCGAUCAAAUCUGUGCGUAGAUAAAACUUCACUUUGUUUUCAUAGCUUGCCAAGAGAUUUCAGCAAGUGUGGCAUGCUAUUUUUAUCUGCAGAUCGUCCAAGUGUCUUUGGUUUGUAGUUCAGACUUCAACCUGUGGAGGGCAGUGGUUGACUGACAGAGGGGCAAUUCUGUUCUGCCAGUUUUAAUAUAAGUAUCUGCAUCAAUGUGUGUGUCUACAAUGCUUUAUAACUCGAGGGUAGGUAGAAGUGGCUGCCUGUGAGCCCCAUGUUGAAAUGGAUGCUGUUAGGAUUGCUGAAAAAUUAAGGAAGAAAUAUAUCGAUCAUAAUUUUACUAAAAUGCAUCAAUAUCGUAUAUAUUUAAAUUAAGAAGAGCAUUCUAUACAACAAACAUCCAUUGCUCAUGAUCAUGCUUUAAAAAACAGAAAAAGAAAUGAACUACUUACUCAAAAGAAGAAACAAAAACAUUUAUUAUGCAUAUUCUAGAGAAUAUUAACAGUUAUUGUUGUUUAAAUGAAAACUGCUCUUUGAUUUCUAAAGUAAUAGCAAUAUUUUUCAUUCUGUGUCCAAUUUUAGUAUCUCCACAACAGCUUUACCAGUAUUUGUAUAUUGUUUUACUAUGCAGAUAAUUAAUAAACUUGUGCCAAGCUGUCCUUCUGCAUUAGAAUCCUGUGUUGGUUAGCUUGUUUCCUUUCUUUUAUAGGUGGUGCCUUCUGUCGUCGUCUCCCCCCCCCCCCCCCAUAUUUGGAAUUAAAAUUAUUGUUGCUACAAGUAUAUUCAUUCUGUCACCAUAGUUCUUUCUUUUUAAAGCCCUCUCUCUUAGGUUUCCCAGUAGAGUAACAGUAGCGUUUAAUUUGAAUUUCUGAUUUCAUCUGCCUUCCUAAUUACUUCAAUCUAAAAAAAAUGGUAAAAGUUUUCUAUUCCUUCCACAUCUGUAGAAUGUUGUGGUCUUUCUUGGUAUAUAAACGUUUUCCCCAGCUACUUUUGAUUCCUGAUUUUUUUUCAUGUAUUUUCGUUAGAACGUUACAGAUUUUUGACAUUUACGUUGAAAUUGUAUUUUGAAAUUGUAUGAGAGGCAUGAAUUAAUUAGAAUUACCCUGAAGUGACAUUAAGCAUCAUUUCGUUUGUAAACAUGGCCUGUUAAACUCUAGGGAGUAUUGUUUUUGUUUGUUAAUGUUCUGUAUUUUGGUAUUUUUAUAUUAUAAACUGCCUUUUGAUCUUCGGAUGAGUGCAGUAUUGAAAUUUAACAAUCUGACAAACAUUUAAUAGGUUUUAUUGCUUAUCUGAAUAAAUUAGUUGUAAGAAACUGCAUUGGUAGGGGGUUUUGGUUUGCUUCUAGGUUCAUUCCAGAUAUAAUUGUAUCCAUGACUAUAUUGGAUGGACUACCCUCUUGGACUUAAUCCAAUGUCCAUUCCUUUAGUGAUACCCCUGUUUGCUUUUCUGCCUUGUGGACUUACUGGUGAUCAAAACAAUGCAUCAAAACUUUAAGGACUUAACAUCAUUAUCUAUUUCCUAAAACCUGCCACUUCAUUAAAUGUCAUAGACUUGAGUGUUUAAAGAAAAAAAAUGGCAUGCACUUUAAAUCUUUGUCUUUUCUAACUUAAAACUGGAUCAAAUGGUAGGCAGUGUUUGAAGUGCAGUAGUGACCUCCAAUGGCCAAACAGAAUAAAUAUUAAAUUUGAGCUUUCCUUGAUAACAGGAUCAAAUCAAUAAAUACAAAGCAACUUUGAAUCAGUGGCUGUGAAGUUACACUUAAGAUUCCAUAAACCUGAUGCAUUUCUGCUGCUUCAUGUGAACAGAGUGAAGCUUCCUCAGUUUUGACUACUAUAUUUCUCAGUCGUAAGGACAAUCUCUUUUCCCCCCCUCGCCAACACAUCAUGAGUUCAGAUGAGGGUCACUCAUUCCAGGUGCAUUUUAUUUACUUCUGUAAUAGCAAAGUACUAUAUGCUCUUAGCAGGAAGAAAUUGGGAUGGAGCUGAUUAGGAUCUUCAGGGAAAGGGUGGCUAAUAAAUGCCAUUGUGUGAUUUAUUGGCCUGCGGAUUGGCCUGCUCUCUCAUCAGAUGAACAGUUUUAACAAGUCUUGGAGAAGUGUUUUUAUGUCUGAAACCUUUUGAGAGAAAGGAGUUUGUGUGUGUGUGUUGCACACGUGAAUGCCAAAAAUGGUUUUGGUGCUUAGGAAACCAGCGCUUCCUUUCCAUCUUUCGCAUACUGUCACAAUGUCUGGAUGUAUUCCCUGGGUCUAUUCCAUGACCUUGCUCUUAAAAGAUGUGAUUGCAUGCAGGCUUGCUUUGUUAGCAAUGGCGUAAGAGGCUAUAAGCAGUUACUUCUCCUCUUUUUGUGUUUUCUGGAUUACUUGACGUGCUUUAAAGACUCUAAAAGCAGUUCCGUUUUUAGGCAAAGAGCUAGCUUAUAUAGAUUUUAUUUUGGUAGUGUUUAGCUGGUGAGAAGCCAUUUAAUAUAGAUAUUAACAGUACAUGAUAUGAAUUCUGCUCUUUAUUAGUCCAAGGCCACUAAUAGUAUUUUUAUGUUUGAAGGCUAGAACUGAAGAAAUAGGCAUAUUGUUUAGUAUUCCUAUUCUAUGGUUGACACAGUUUUGCAAUCCUAAAGAUGGAUAUAUCUGCAAAGUUGAAAUUCACACUGGAAUUUUUUUGGGGGGAGAGAGAAUAUUAGAUUCUGUUAGGCGCUUUUAUUUAGAAUUUGGCAUGCUGCUGCUACAUUAGCUGCUUCAUAACAAAAAACAACAACUUGUUAAUGUAGAAUGUUUUAAUGCAGUGCAUUUAAAAGUAGCACAAAAGGGAUCGUUUUCUUCGCUGCCGCCAUCAGCAGCUGAAAAAACAAGAGAGUGAGCAAACAUUUGGAGAUCCAAGUGACUUCUUUAAAGAGACUGUCACUGCUUCCAGAGCAUUGGCUCUGGGAAACACAAACCCUCUUUGUGGAAUGAGGGAAAGAACAACACAUUCAGCACCACAAGCCCGUAAGUUUAAGCAGCUAAGGGGAUGUUGAACAUCUAAGUAAAGCUAUUCCCACCCUGCCAGUAAUUUAAAAUGCAGUCCCAAGUGUGUUUACUCAGAAGUAGGUCCUAUUUGAACCCAGUGGAAGUUGCUUCCUAGAAAGUGGGACCAUCGUUUGUCUUGUCUUGAUUCUGCUUCUGCCAGCUUGCUGGCAUUCCCUUCUGCUUUACUUAUUAGAGCAAGCAUGUGACGAGGGCUUGAGCUUUGUCGUAAAAUGAGUUUAUUGAUGUUCUGAAACUUAGGUCCCAACUAUUUGCUCCAAGAGCUUAGUUGCCUUUUUUUUAAAUGCCAAGCUUCCUUUGCUAAUUGAUGCUUGCCCCUUUAACCAGUUUUUGUUGUUGUUUAUUUGCCAACCAGAUUUUUCAUAUGCUAAGAGGUGUUUGUGGUAUCUGAGAUAACGCAUAUGGCUCUCAUCGACACCUUAUAACUCUUGUGAGAGAAUGAAACAGACUGUGUGGAAGGUUCGUAGGCAAUUUCCUCUUGAGGAAAGUGAGAAAUUCGUUUAGUAGGAAAUAAAACCAAGAUUCUAAGGAGGUGAAGACAAAAGACAGAAGCGAUAAGGCACGGAAGUGUGAAGAAAAUGCUCCUAUGAGCAAGGGACAGCAGGAUGUAGGCAGAAAAUGGACAGAUGGGAGGAGACUUCACUUUGUCUCCCUACCACUGUCUUGGCAGCAAGAGAAUGCAACCAUUGGUUGCAACCAAAAUGUCACAAAAUAGUGACCAGGCUUACAGGUCCUUUAGAGCGCAUUGGGAAGUGCAUGCAUACCUGAGACUGAAAUUGAUAGAUACUGGCACAAUUAUUUUUGAAUUAGUGGUGCAGACUGUUCAUUGCAUUUCUCCCAAGAGCCUAAUGCUUGCUUUCAGCAUUGAAGGCUCUCUGCAAAGUGUACACUAGAGGGCUCUUUCCCCCCAUUUACCAGUAAUUUAACUGCUGCAUCUACGUGUGGCUCUCUGUGGAUCAUACACUUAAAGCACAAACUUACAAAGAGACUGAAGUAAAGCAAUAAAAUAACCCAUGUUUCAGUUUGCUUUAAAUAUCUCCCUUUUAUUGCAUGGCAAUAUAACGGUUGUAAAAGCCCAGUGAAGAUGUGAAAAAGUUUCAGGUCACUUUAAUGUAUUUCCUGGCUGGUCCAUGGACAUUCCUAAUCUAGAUCUAGUUGGUGUUGGUUUCCACACUUCUAAACUUUAUGUGAAUCUUCACGGUUUGAAACUUGACUCUAGUUUUUAAUGCAGUUUUUUCCUGUACGGUUGAGUUAUUGCCCAACUACCCCCCAACUUUUGGCUGUUGGAUCUUUUGAUGGAAUUUUGUUUUCAUAAUCUUUUUUUAAUGAUCAUCGAUCCAAACUAGUGUUUCCCAAACUUGGGUCUCCAGCUGUUUUUGAACUACAACUGCCAUCAUCCCUGACCACUGGUUCUGCUAGCUUAGGGAUGGUGAGAGUUAUAGCUUAUAAGAUAUGAAAAUUUCAUGUUUCUUCCCAAGGUACCUUAUUUCUAGGAGGGAUACAUUAGACUGCCCUAUUGGAAACCAACAAAGCUACACCAACCUAUGCCAAAUGUUGAUCUCCCUUUGGAUUUUGUCAGUUUAGCCAUAUGAGAAGAUGAAUGUCUAUUUCAACUUGAGAAUGUGAAAAGAUCCAUGAGUUUGAAAGGAAAGAUUUGCAGCUAUGACAGAUCAUGGGCUGUAUCCCACUACGUUCUACUCUGAAUAGACCUGUUGAAAUUAAUAAGGUAAAGGUAAAAAAGUAAAGGACUCGUGGACAGUUAAGUCCAGUCAAAGGUGACUAUGGGGUUGCAGUGCUCAUCUCGCUUCAGGCCGAGGGAGCCAGUGUUUGUCCACAGACAGCUUUCCGGGACAUGUAACCAGCAUGACUAAACUGCUUCUGGCGCAACGGAACACCGUGACAAGUCCCAGAGCGCAUGGAAACACCGUUUACCUUCUCGCCGCAGCGGUACUUAUUUAUCUACUUGCACUGGUGCACUUUCAAACUGCUAGGUUGGCAGGAGCUGGGACAGAGCAACAGGAACUCACUCGGUUGCAGGGAUUCAAACUGCUGACCUUCCGAUCGGCAAGUCCAAGAGGCUCAGUGGCUUAGACCACAGCACCACCCACGUCCCUGGCAUUGAAAUUAAUAAACCUAAGUUAGUUGUGUCCAUUAAUUUCAGUCGGUCUACUCUGAAUAGGACCAACAUUCAUUGCAAUCCAAUGAAGGUUGCUAUUUAUCCUUAGAAAGGUAAAGUGAAUAUGGAGAAGAAACCUCUGAAGAUGUGAUCUACCAAAUAAUAAUAUUUUUUUAUUUAUAUUCCACCCAUCUGGCUGGGUUUCCCCAGCCACUCUGGGCGGCUUCCAACCAAAUAUUAAAAACAAUACAGCGUGCUUACGUCUCAGGCUGCCCAUUCAGAGUGUUUAUCCUGUCUUCUGCACUCAGCUCUGCGCUCUGUGCACUGCACUUGAAUCAGCCUCUUGGCUCCCUGAGAAUAAUUUUCAGCUGAAGAAAAUCACAAGUAGAGAUGUAUAAGACAUUAGAGGAAGUUGGAGGAAGAGCUCUGCUGGAUCUCACCAUCCUGUUCUCACAGUGGCCAACCAGAUGCCACGGGGAAGCCCACAAGCCGGACCUGAGUGCAACAUUCUCCCCACUUGUUUUCCCCAGCAGCUGAUACGCAGAGACACACUGCCUCUUGACAGUGGAGGUUGAGCAUAGCCAUCGAUCCUAAUCACCAUUGGUAGCCCUACCUCCCACAAAUGUAUCUAAUCCUCUUCUAAGGCCAUCCAAGUUGGCAACAAUCACCGUGUAUUUUACACCGAUGCUUUUCCUUCUUGGAUAAUACUAAAUACUUUAAAGCCUAGGACCCUCAUACCUAUGGGACCGCCUCUCCCGGUAUGCCCCGCGGAGGACCUUAAGGUCCAUAAAUAGCAACACCCUAGAGGUCCUGGGCCCUAAGGAAGUUAAAUUAACCUCAACCAGAGCCAGGGCCUUUUCAGCACUGGCUCUGGCCUGGUGGAACGCUCUGUCUCAUGAGACCAAGGCCCUGCAGGAUCUGAUUUCUUUCCGCAGGGCCUGUAAGACAGAGUUGUUCCGCCUGGCCUUUGGCUUGGAAUCAACAUGUUUCCCUCCCCCUCUUUCCUUUUCCCUUUAUCCUUCUGUGAUGGAACUCCUUUUGGGGACUUACCUGGCUUUUUUCGGUCCCAUGUAGGACCAGUCUGACUAGUUUGCCUUGGUGAAGAUUUGACGUUUUCAUCCCCAAAAAGUUUUUGAUUCGAGUUUCUAUUGAAAUGAGGCUGCAUUUUAAUGUUGUCUUUUAAUCUUGUUUUUAACUAGGAUCUUAAUCAAUUGUUUUUUAUCUGGUGUUAGCCGCCCUGAGCCUGGUCUUGACUGGGGAGGGCGGAGUAUAAAUAAAAUUUAUUAUUAUUAUUAUUAUUAUUAUUAUUAUUAUUAUUAUUAAUAAACUGAUUUCUCUCAGAGGAAAGAUUCAAUAGAAGAUGGGUACUUGCUUCAGGUAUUUAGUUAUGUGCUCCUAGAAUUUUGACAUUUAUUAAGUAAUUUUAAUUUCUUUUUAUGGGAAUUUGAAAGGGACCCGAGAGACGGCAUGCGCCGGAAACCCGUCUAUCCUCACUAUGCGAGAGAUCGAUCCCCGCAUAAGAGAGAUUCUCCUUACUUCAGGGAAUCGCCGGUCAGCCGAAGGGAUUCCCCCCACAGCAGAUCUGGGUCCAGCGUCAGCAGCAGAAGUUACUCUCCCGACAGAAGCAAAGCCUAUGCCUACCACCAGUCCCAGCAUAGCAGAAGUAUGUCAUCUUUACCUAAAAGAAAUAUUUCUCAACAAGGUAAUAGAGGAUGGAUGGAAACUAACAUUAGUGAGCUGGCACUGACUUCCCCUAUAUACAAGGUCGCAAUGCUAAGUGCUUGAGGGAAUUCAGCUCCUCACUCUAAGGUUUGUAGUUAGUUGCAUCCCUGCACUUUUUGAGAAGGCUCUUUGAUCCACAAGUUUCUAUGAGUCCAAAAGAAGGCAGGAGUUGAUUUUUGCCCAGUUCCACCUUUCUUCUGCAGUUGCCAUGUAUUAAAGGUAAAGGGACCCCUGACCAUUAGGUCCAGUCGUGACCAACUCUGGGGUUGCGGCGCUCAUCUCACUCUAUAGGCUGAGGGAGCCGGCGUUUGUCUGCAGACAGCUUCCGAGUCAUGUGGCCAGCAUGACUAAGCCGCUUCUGGAGAACCAGAGCAGCGCACGGAAACGCCGUUUACCUUCCCGCCGGAGUGGUACCUAUUUAUCUACUUGCACUUUGACGUGCUUUCAAACUGCUAGGUUGGCAGGAGCAGGGGCCGAGCGACGGGAGCUUACCCCGUUGCAGGGAUUCAAACCGCCGACCUUCCAAUCGGCAAGUCCUAGGCUCUGUGGUUUAACCCACAGAGCCACCUGCGUCCCAUUAUAUCAUUACAAAGGCUCCUCAAACUCCUUUCAGCAAAUUUUGGACUGGUGUGUGGUCAGCACAAGGAGAAACUGCCCCAAAUUGCCUCCCCUCACCUCUUCUGGUGCAGAGAUCGCAUAUCACAUCCUUUCUCUAGAACAGAUUUUGGGCUGGUGCAGUGGGAAGGCGAGGAAGAUGAAGUCCCAUUGUAUGAGUGAAGUCUGUCCGACUCAUGUGCAAAAACUGCACAGGAUAAAAGGACAUGUCUAUACAUCAUGGAAGCUUUGGGUUUAUGCAGAUUGAACCAACCAAUUUUGCUAGUAUUUUAUUAUGUGUGAUCAUGUGAUUUAUAAAGGCAGUGGAAUGCAUUAAAGAAUCGCUUGAUAGCUGAAGAGGUGAUCACAGGAAAGCAUUCAAAGUCUGGAAGCCUCAAGUAAGGGAAAUUUUGAGAUCCUUUAUUUGUUUUGGGUUUACAUUGAAAUUGCUUUUCAUGCCUAAAAGUAAACUCCUCUGCUGGUUUACCCAGAUGCAAGUCUCACCAAAUUCAAUAAGGCUUACUCACACAUAAGUGGGUCUAGUAUUACCCAGCUGGUGAAAAGGUGAUUCGGAAAUAUUAAUUCACGUUACGUUUAUUUUAAAAAUAAAGGAACAGUCAUGUGCAUUAACAAUACAAGUCUUCAGUAUUUUAGAUGUUUUAAGUCUGUGGAGGUCCAAAGUUCUGUCCUCACCCCACCCCAAAAUCUGAUAAGUGGGCUUGGAUGGUGAAAAGUCCAUUUCAGGUUUUUACUGAGGAAGGAGAGACAGUCUAAUAAUCCAGCAUAUAACUCAAACAGAACCCACUGCCAUUAAACAGCUGUGUAAUAGUUUCAUUUUCAAAUGCUUUUCUUCAUAUGACUAAUAAAACAUUUAUGUUGUUGUCCAUUUAGGUAAAGAGAAAAGCGCCUCUCAGUCCUUGAAAACGUCAAGAGAUGUCUCUCCCUCAGGAACAGCAGCAGGGCCACCUUCAAAGGUGAAUUCAUUAGUAGACUUCAAUAGUAAAAGAUAAUAAAUUAAAUUCAGGAAGUCUCCGUUACAUUCUGGCCUCUUUGUUUUAGAUUUUUUCAAAUACUAGGGAGACCUGCAUUUGUUUUUGCCUUUUAAAGUUCCUAUUUCUACAACUCUAUAGUGUGGAUUCUCAAGGCGUAAGUUUGUUGGUUGUGCUAAGGGAGGGCGAAUUCCUUCACAGGUCUUAGCAGAUGUUCAAAAGUUUGAUUAAGCUCUCUCCCUCGUCCUAUCUUUUUGCAGUGGUUUUAAGUUCAAAACGUUGGCAAAAGUCCUCUACAACCUGGGACUAGGAUAGCUAAAAUAUAAUCUCACCCAUUUUAUACCCAGCUGAUUGCUGCAUUCUUUAUUGAGAGGGCCUUAACAAACCCUCUUAAGUGGAGAUUUUUAUCCAAGUCUGUUGGAUUUGAAAUUGUUUUUAUUGCUGAUGUUUUUUAUUGUUCAAUUGCUUUAGGAUGUUUCAUCGGAAGUGAGUCAUAAAUGAAAUGAAGCAGGCUUAAUAUUUCAGUAGUUGUUGAAAACAUUUCUUUUCUUCCAAGUCUUCCUCAGUUAGUCCUCCCCCCCCUUUCUCUCUGCCAUUUUUUAAUUUUUGCUGGUUUUUAUGUUUUAAAUAGUGUUUUUAUUAUUGGUUUUCUUUUAUAUUUUAUUUCUCUACCUCAAUCAGCCAUUCUGUAAAUAUAGUUUAUAAAUUUUGAAAUAAAUAAAAUGUACUGUUCUCAGCCUCCUAAACAUGAUAAGUAGAUGGAUCAUGCAGGAGGUCCCUCCCGUGUCUCCUGUACUCUUGUCCUUCCCUUCAUUGCUUUGCUUUACAGCUUUAUCUUGCUACCCAAGAUUGCCCUCUUCAUGUGAAUAUGAAACCAGCUUCCGAAACGGGUUUCAAAUUCUGGUUAUGAAGGCAACUUGCUGGCAUUAACCAUAGUCAGCAAUAUGUUUUUAUAUUUUGCAGAAAGCCGCCCAAGAGUGGCUGGGGAAACCCAGCCAGAUGGGCGAGGUAUAAAUAAUGAAAUUGUUAUUAUUAGGAGUAAUAAGGGGAAGGCGCAUGCAAGCCAGUUGGAUGCUCCUGAGCUCUUAACUGUUCAGGAGAUUGGGAAUACAAUGUCAACUCUGAACCAUUAUUUGGUACGUUACAUUUAAUUUAUUGCUCAUGGGUUGUCCGUGAAAAGUAUCAUUUUAUCUCUGAAAAAUUGGACCUUUGGUAUCUUUCACAAAGUCCCUUCAGCUGUAAAUUUCCUUUUUUUAUUUUUAUUUUUUAGAGUGUCAAUAUAGAAGCUACUUUUUGUAACAGUAGCGUUUUGCAAGUAUUGGUUCUUUAAAACUUCUCCUUUAAGCUUCUCUGUGUAUUUCAGUGCAUUUGAUGUUGGUGUAUUAUUAUUACAUAUAUUUAUCUUCCUUCUGACACACCCUCUCACUUUCUGGGCUCUCACCCAGGAUCCAAACAAAUUCUCCGCUCCCCCACAAAAGGGAAAGUCCCUAGAAACAGCGGACAUCACCCUAGUCUCUCACUCGAGACUUGCUUUUUCUGGGCAGGCUGGUGGCACUUCCCCAGGCUGCCCACAGCUGUGUCCUGUUUUGCUGCCCCUCUCCACACCCAAUUCCAGGUAUAGCAGGCUUGUUACAUUAUACAGCCACACUCUGGGCACUGGCGGAGGAAGAGGAGUGCGGGGGGAACACAAUCCUGGUAGGGUACCAUCGUGGCUGCCCCCCGCCCGCGCUGGUGACCUGCCCCACCUCCAGGACACGUGCCACGCCCCCGGGACAUGUGCCACACCCCCAGGACGUGCGCCAGCCCCGCCCCCGCCUGCUCUCCGCCACUGACUCUGGGGUUUCUUUUUUCUCACCAGGCCUUGGACAAAAGUAGCCGAUUGUCAGAAAAGGAGCUUGCAGAGGCUGCAAGUAGGUGGGCAGCUGAAAAAGCAGAGAAGACAGACACAAGCAGCGUACCUGAAAUUUCAGAUUAUGAAGUAAGUUAAAAAUAAUAAUUUGCCACUGUGCAGUAUUUGGCUGUCUUAAAUUUUCAUGUACGUCCAAAUUAAUGACUGAGCAAAACUCCAAACUUGUCUGAUAGCAGAGCCAUGUAACCAGUAAGUACUACUCAGAAUAGAGCCUUUGAAAUUAAUGGACCUAAGUUUAAGUUUGCCAACUUUAUACUAUGCCUACCUUUGGGAAUCACACUGUUCUGCAAAUUUGGGUCUGGGAACUAUUGCCUGAAUAGUGAGUCAGACUUCUUGAGAGUUCUGAUUCAGCAGUUUCACGCUUUGAAAUUCUUGUUCCUUUUCUUCAGGAAAGGAAUUUCAAAGAGAGAUUUUCCUGUCAUAUUCCAUGCGCAGCCUCUCAACCAACACUGUUUGUCAGCUCCCACUGCAUCAGAUCCAGAACACAAAUCCAUGCUCAUCUGAAAAACUGGUUUCUCUGAUAUUUAUCUCGGAGAGAAAAUCUCCAAAAUGCUGAGAGCGCUCCUCCAUAGCAGGCACAAGACUAUAACUCUUUGUCUUUUUGCGUCCUAGAUUCAACUGGCUUUUGCUGCAUUGUGUCAAUUACGUGUUUUCCUUAUUCUCUCAUUCCUGCCCUUACACAGAUUGUACAUUAACUGCAUAAAAUUACUGUACCUUUCUUAAAGGCUGCAUCCUCAGAACCGUUAUAUGCAGAACGCCACGAAGAAACUGGCGCCAGCAUACCAGACAAUAAUGAAUUGUUUGAAGACAGCCCACAUGUUAGUCGUUCCAAAGCAAUUGCAGCAAAGACAAAGGAGAUUGAACAGGUAAACUUCACCUCUGGUAGUUGUUGUUCUCUGAUUCUUUGUAACUAUUGUUUAUUUCAUUAUUAAGUUUAUUUAGGAUAGAAUCCUGAAAAUCCAUAAGAAGAAAAAAUGCUUUUUAAAUAGACUUGCAUGGUGGCUGCAAGUACUUUAAAACAAAAGUACUUGCAUGAAGGCAAGUCUCAGGCUUAAAAUAUAUAUAUAUUUUUAAUGACUAAAUGAGUCACUGUAGUGGGGCAAACAUGGGUGCUGCCAUGUGCUUCUGUGGUUUUUGCCAGCUGGUAUUUUACCUUUAAAAUAAAGCAGAUUGUCAGCCGUCAGAUCAGGCUUUUUGCAGCAUAGCAAGCUAAUGAGAGUUUAAAAGUUAAGUGUAGAGUUGGUGCAGAUGCGCUUACAGUAAGCUACAGAAUAAAGCAAUGUAGAUCUAGAUCAGAGUGUUCGUUGUUUUUAUGAAGCUGCGGCAGUAGCUGCUUGGAAGCCGCAUCCUUUUUUAGACUGCGAUGAAAUUGAUCAUUCUUGAGAAUGUGCUGGUUCAUUCAUAGAGAAUACUUGCACAACAGGGUCUGAAGGCUACUCCUAUUACUUAACAUUUUCAGUAGUUUCAUUGAUAAAAUGAAUUUAAAAUAUUUCCGUUCACAUUAAAGAAUAUGGACAAAAAAGAAAUCUGUGAUUGAUUCAAAGUUGCUUUUCAAUCAGUGUAUUUUGGGUCUAGUCUACUCCACUCUAUAAAUUAAGCUUUUCCAAUAUUCCUGAUUUUCUUUAGUAUGCAUUUGCUUUUGCUGGACAAAAUUAUAUUUCAUAGUUUUGCUCCAUAGUUUUGCUAGCUAAGAAAAAUGACUGGAUGUUAUUGCUUCUGUUAAUUUGGGGGGAAACUGUUUCCAUUCCAAAACUACAAAGACCAGAAACUUCUCACAGUGUCUAUACAGUAAUCUCUUUAUCAUAGGAGUGAAGCUGCAAACCUCAGAUAUUUAUGCUUCUAGAACAAUAAGAUGAUACUCUUCCACCCCAGUUGUCCAGUCCAGACUGUUCAGCAAAUGAGGUGCCUAUUCUGAAUCCUUAAAUGCUUCAGAAUUAAGGAAAUGAUGCAGUCCAUUACAGAAAAUUAGUAAUGACUAGCUUUCACAAACAUUGCGUUUGUAUUUUGCUCUUUUUAGUUCUAAUCUGGUAUUUGAGGUGGCUUGCCCCCUAAAGUGGAGUCAAGAGUGCGUGAAAUGAGGAAGGAAAAAUACAGAGUAUAUUAAAAGCUAAUCAUUGUAAGUCUCUAUGGCAUACGUGUAGUGGUAGGCCUCAUAAAUAUGUGCUAGAAUGAAUAUAUGUUGUCAGCAGCAAAUUGCAUUUCUCCACGUCUGCUAAAAAUGGGCUGCUUUUGUUUCCAUACAGGCACAAUAAACCCCACCCUCACUUAACCUUUGUUCUCCUUAAAUGAAGUCUAAAUUAAAUUUUCUUCCUGUGAGGGGGCUAUAAACUUGAAACCAGAAUCAUUAAUGCAUUUCUAGCUAUCAAAUCAAUACUAAGCAAACAGUUUUUGUAGAUAAACGACACCCUUCCUGUUUUCACAGAGAAGCAAAUUUUACUAGGAAACGGCGUUGGUCAGUUUGCUACUUUUAAAAUAAACCAUUGAAGGGUGGGGUCCUUCCUGCAGUCAAAAGUUUAUUACUCCCUAGUUGUAUUUUGAAAUGUUUUGAGUAAAGCGGUUUGCCCUUUUGAAAAUCUUUGGAAAUCACUGGAAAUGGUUUAAUCAACAUUUUAAACUGUUGGCUCAAGGAUUGCUUCGUGGUAGCGUAAAACACUUUUGUGUGUGCAAGGUGUAUUACCAAAACAUAGGAGGAUGACCUGGGCAGAGUAGAUUUGACCUAGUCAGGUACUUGGUGUAGUACAAAGCUGAAGUAUGAUUGUGUCUUGCCAGGAAACCCCUCUCUUCUGGGCUGGGAUAGAAGGCCUAUGGGCCAGAGAGAGAGACUAGGGCUGCUAUUGGUGUGCUACCCUUCCUGUUUCCCUGGCCGAGGUGGUCUUGGGUAUGGUGUUGGACAACCCCAAGUUCAUGAUAGCUGUAAGAACUGUGAAGCUGUCUUGUUGCUGAACACUGCACUGUUCAGGCUCUGAAUUCUUUAAUUCAAAGUGUUUUGUAUUUUCCGCCAGGCUCCUGUUGGUGGAUCUUAGUAGAAUCAGCGGAGAAAUCAAAACUUAAAAACAGCCAUGACUCGCCUUGUAGAGCCAGCUCUAAUUAGAUCUUUGUAGAUCCCAGAAGCCUGAAAUCUGUUCACCCCUGGCUUACAACCACCCUGCAGUUACUCAUUGCUUUUGCCCUGCAUGUUUCAGACCUCCACAUUUCAACUUGAGCUGAGAGUAGCUUGAAGCAGGCAGACUAAAUAUAGACCACAGUUAAAUAUUGCAAGUCGGGAGAAACUGAAGCGGAGGCUGGUUUGGAUUCCUAAUCCCUGUCUUCCACAUCUCUCAGCUUGCAGCAAAUAUCAGUUCUCCCCAGACAAAUCCAGCACUCAAGUUCCAUACAGAAACCUUGUACUCCAUUGUCUCACACUUUUUUUUUAACAUGUACUAAAAUAGGGAGGAAACUGUGUUCAAAGAGCAGGGACUACAUUUGAGUUUUUAGGCAGAGUGUCAGGGCACAUUGCAACAUUUUGUGGCUAGGCACCUUUUAUUUGUGUGUAAUACAGUUAAUUAGCUGCAAACUUCAUACAGCUAUUUAUGUAACUUGUACAUAUAGAUCUUUAUAUAGAUCUGUACAUCUUUAUAGAUGUUUUGAAAGUUGGACUUAACAUGUUCUUAAUCUGAAAUCACCUUCCAUUCAUCCCGCGGUUUCUGCAGAAGUGUGUUCUUUUUAUUUAUUUUUAACUAGGUCAAAUAAAUUCAACUGCUGUACUAAAUACGGGCAGAUUGCAUGCAUUCCCAUUUUACAUAUUCAAAUUCUGUUGUGUGCCUCAAUAGUAAGCAGGUGGGAUGGUUGAGAUGUGGUGUUUCUGGAAAUGGACAAGUAGUGAAUCAAACAGACAGGAUGAAGGCCAAUAAACAAACUAAAUCCUGACCACCCAGAGUUUGAUUGUGGGUUUAUCUGGCCAGAGAGAUGUAUUUGCAUUCCUUCUGAAGGAUCAAGUUUGCAGCCCGGGUGCUGAGAUACAACUUGUCACAGGAGGCCUAAGCAGCUUCUGUGCCAUGGACUUAAUUGGCUGCUCCUGGGUACAGGUUUGUGCAUGAUCUGGAAACCUUCAUAUUAAGCUAUUGCAAUGUGUUGUACAAUCAUGACUUCUCCAGGUUUGGAAACUUGUUAGUUCAAAAUACAGUUGCAGGGUUGCAGACUGGAAAUAGCUAUAGGACAUAUCUCACCAGUUCAGAUCUCUUCAGUGGUUGCUGGUCUCUUUCUCCAUGCCACUUAUCAGUAUUUGCCUUUUUUGCUGGGCCCUAGGUACGCAGGUGGCGCUGUGGGUAAAACCUCAGCGCCUAGGGCUUGCCGAUCGCAUGGUCGGCGGUUCGAAUCACCGCGGCGGGGUGAGCUCCCAUCGUUCGGUCCCAGCUCCUGCCCACCUAGCAGUUCGAAAGCACCCUUAAGUGCAAGUAGAUAAAUAGGUACCGCUUAUAGCGGGAAGGUAAACGGCGUUUCCGUGUGCUGCGCUGGUGCCGGCUCGCCAGAGCAGCUUCGUCACGCUGGCCACGUGACCCGGAAGUGUCUCUGGACAGCGCUGGCCCCCGGCCUCUUAAGUGAGAUGGGCGCACAACCCUAGAGUCAGACACGACUGGCCCGUACGGGCAGGGGUACCUUUACCUUUACCUUUAGGUAGCUAGAUGGAGAUUAUUCUCCCACCAACUAAGACACUCUUUGGGAGCCCUUUUCUGUCUUCAGAAGUUAAGCUGCUGGUAGCAACCAGAGAAGGUGGCUCAGCAAAGUCCUCAAAGUGGCCUGUCUGAUGCAGACGCCUAGUUUUGUUUUUUCAAGGCUAGAUGUUUGGCUUUUGUUUUCUUAGGUCUUUGAAAAUUACAAAUCAGUCUCUUGGGUUUUAGUCUGAUGUUGUGAUUUUCUGUAUGUAAUGGGAAAAUACUUUAUAAUUUUAUCAUUAAGUUGUACUGUUUGGGGAAACUCCAACCAUUACUCCUACCUUAAGGGGAAAGGGCACAGAAUGACAGCUGCCAGUUUUUGGAAAUUGAGAUCAAUUUUUUGGAGAAAGUCUGUUGUACCAGUUAGCCUACUGUUCUUUAGUGUGGAGGAUACAUUAAUAUUGCUGUGUUUCAUGAAUUUCAAAAAAAUCAUUUCUAGGUGUACAGACAGGAUUGCGAAACCUUUGGUGCUGUAGUGAAAAUGCUGAUUGAAAAAGACCCUGCGUUAGAAAAACCCAUCCAGUUUUCCCUGAGACAGAAUUUGCAUGAGAUUGGUGAGAGAUGUAUUGAAGAACUUAAGCACUUCAUUGCAGAAUACGACACCGUCAGGCACGAAUUUGAAGAAUCGUAAGAUCAACUUGGGAUUGUCCAUAUGUAAAUUGGAAACUAUUUAAAAAUUGAUUUCCCAUCAGCAUCUUUACACUUGACUGCAUAAUUCUUCCUUUGUAGUAAUCUAUUUUAUUAUUAACAGUUAAGUAAAUUCCUGAAGAAGGCGAAAACAUGUUUGAGGUAUUGUUAUGGUCAUUUCUGAAUUUCAGUGCAGAUGUACAUUCCAUGUAUGCAGUAUACAUUAGAACAUGCUUAACAAAGUGACAUGCCCCAUUACCAAAGCUAGCUACGUAUAUACAGUAGUAAUGGUGGAGUAAAUUUACAUAUGUGUUUAGGGUAGUUUUUUGUUAUGUUGUAAAACUAAACUAAAAAGUAGCCUUUUGUAAACUGAAAUUAAACAAAAUACUUCUGAAUAAGUUGGCAAUUUGCAUUUUUAAAAGAAUUAUUUAAUCCUAAAAAGAAUGGAAGAAAAGGUAUGCUGUUCCCCUUCCGGUGUUUUCAUUUGUGUACAUAAAAACAUAUUUCAGAUUUUGUGUGUGUGUGUUUUUGUGGGGUAGCAUAAUCACUCUAGAAGUGGUAUUAUACGGACAACUAUUUCCAAAAGUGUCAGGGAUGCUUAAUGUGUGUGUUUCUCCCCUCCACCGAUACGAGAGAGUGAACAUGUGUUACCUUGCUCAUAGCUUUCACCUGCAAUAUGAGAUUAAGUAAACUACCUCAAAGGAUUUGCCAGUGUGACACUUAGUGUGGAUGGCAUCACAUUAGGAUCAAUUAAGUCAUAAGCUGCCUGAGUUAUCUCCAAAGUGGACAACAUAAUAGUUGUCCACAUAAUCAGUACAGGCAGGUUGAGUAUAUGCUUAUGAACUAUUGACAUGGUUGUGGUGGAUCAACAGCAAAUAACAGGUUGCAAAUG